GCCGUCCCUAGCCGAGCCGAGCCGGGCUGGGCUGGGCUGGGCUGAAGCGGGCAGGGCGGUGGCGGCGGCGGCAGCUUCCGGAGUGGAGCUGAAGGUAGCGCAGCCUGUGCCUAGUUAUGAUGCCCUUUGGUGGGAUGGCUGCCCGUCUGGAAAGAGACCGUCUGAGAGCCGAGGGGGUCGGCCAGCAUCACAACGCUGUCAAGUACCUCAACCAGGACUAUGAGUCCCUCAAACAGCAGUGCAUUGAGAGUGGCACCCUCUUUAGGGAUCCCCAGUUCCCAGCCGGCCCCUCUGCGCUCGGAUUCAAGGAGCUUGGGCCACACUCCAGCAAGACACGAGGGGUGCAGUGGAAGCGUCCAUCGGAAUUAGUGGAUGACCCGCAGUUCAUUGUUGGCGGUGCAACACGGACGGACAUCUGCCAGGGGGCUUUGGGUGACUGCUGGCUACUGGCUGCCAUUGGCUCCCUCACACUCAAUGAGGAGCUCCUGCACCGCGUGGUGCCUCAUGGGCAGAGCUUCCAGGAGGACUAUGCUGGCAUCUUCCACUUCCAGAUCUGGCAGUUCGGUGAGUGGGUGGACGUGGUGGUGGACGACCUGCUGCCCACCAAGGACGGGGAGCUCCUGUUCGUGCACUCAGCAGAGUGCACCGAGUUCUGGAGUGCUCUGCUGGAGAAGGCCUAUGCCAAGCUCAACGGCUGCUACGAGUCGCUGUCAGGGGGCAGCACCACCGAGGGCUUCGAGGACUUCACGGGCGGCGUGGCAGAGAUGUACGACCUGCGGCGCCCACCGCGCAACAUGGCCCACAUCAUCCGCAAGGCGCUGGAGAGGGGCUCCCUGCUCGGCUGCUCCAUCGAUAUCACGAGUGCCUUUGAUAUGGAGGCAGUGACCUUCAAGAAGCUGGUGAAGGGCCAUGCCUAUUCUGUCACAGCCUUCAGAGAUGUGAACUACCGGGGUCAGCAGGAACAGCUCAUCCGCAUCAGGAACCCCUGGGGCCAGGUGGAGUGGACCGGAGCCUGGAGCGAUGGCUCCUCCGAGUGGAACAACAUUGACCCUGACGUCAGAGAAGAGCUGCAGCUGAAGAUGGAGGAUGGAGAGUUCUGGAUGUCCUUCCGGGACUUCAUGAGGGAGUUCUCCAGGCUGGAGAUCUGCAACCUCACCCCCGAUGCCCUCACCAAGGACGAGCUCAGCAGAUGGCACACACAGGUGUUCGAGGGCACGUGGCGCCGGGGCAGCACUGCUGGGGGCUGCAGGAAUCACCCAGCCACGUUCUGGAUCAACCCCCAGUUUAAGAUCAAGCUGCUGGAAGAGGAUGAUGACCCCGGGGAUGAUGAGGUGGCCUGCAGCUUCCUGGUGGCCCUGAUGCAGAAGCACCGCCGACGGGAGCGGCGGGUCGGGGGAGACAUGCACACCAUUGGCUUCGCUGUCUACGAGGUUCCUGAGGAGGCCCAGGGCUGCCAGAACGUGCACCUGAAGAAGGACUUCUUCCUGCGAAACCAGUCGCGAGCACGGUCAGAGACCUUCAUCAACCUGCGGGAGGUGAGCAACCAGAUCCGGCUGCCCCCCGGCGAGUACAUCGUGGUGCCCUCCACCUUCGAGCCACACAAGGAGGCUGACUUCGUCCUGCGAGUCUUCACCGAGAAGCAGUCGGACACAGCGGAGCUGGAUGAGGAAAUCUCAGCAGAUCUGGCAGAUGAGGAGGAAAUAACUGAGGAUGACAUAGAGGAUGGCUUCAAGAACAUGUUCCAGCAGCUGGCAGGGGAGGACAUGGAAAUCAGUGUCUUUGAGCUCCGGACCAUCCUGAACAGAGUCAUCGCCAGACACAAGGAUCUGAAGACAGAUGGGUUCAGCCUGGACUCCUGCCGCAACAUGGUCAACCUGAUGGAUAAAGAUGGCAGUGCCCGCCUCGGGCUGGUGGAGUUCCAGAUCCUGUGGAACAAGAUCCGGAGCUGGCUGACAAUCUUCCGCCAGCACGACCUGGAUAAGUCGGGCACCAUGAGCUCCUACGAGAUGCGCAUGGCUCUGGAGUCGGCUGGUUUCAAGCUGAACAACAAGCUGCAUCAGGUAGUGGUGGCCCGCUAUGCAGACACUGACAUGGGAGUGGACUUUGACAACUUUGUCUGCUGCCUCGUGAAGCUGGAGGCCAUGUUCAGGUUCUUCCGCAGCAUGGACCCUGAAGGCACAGGCACCGCCGUCAUGAACCUCUCUGAGUGGCUGCUGCUGACGAUGUGUGGCUAGGAGCCACGACAGCUCCGCUGUGGCUGGGACACCACGGCAGGCCAAGCCACCUCCAAGUGCCUCCCCUUGGAUCUGUGGACACAGGAUACUCCUCCCCUGUUGCUCCAUCCCACGCUGAGCCACCGGCCCUGCCUCCUGGCAAGCCUCAAGCCACCCUCUCUGGGGGACCAGGGGUCAGGGCAGGCAGGGGAUGCUCAUCUUCUGGGCUCAGCUUCUAUCCACUCCCCAUUCCUCUCUCCCCGCCCAGAGCAGGAGGAGGGUGAGCAGCAUGUGGCUUCUGGGCAUUCCUUGCAGGAGCAGGCUAGGGCCAGGGCUGGCCAGGGGGGCAGGGAGAGGUGGGAGCUGCAGAAGGGCGGGGCGGGGGGGACCCUCCAGCUUGCUCCUCCAACAGGGGCAGCAGGUUCCCAGCCAGCAGAGUGGCCUUCUCGGAGGAGGAAGGGAUACACUCUUCUUCUCAGAGCCCUGGCAUUGCACGACCACUAAGCACGACCAAAACAUGGAGCCUGCUGGCUCUUUCUGCGUGGCCUUCACCACAUCCCUCCCCCUGCCUUUGCCCCAGUGCUGGAUCAAGCCCUGCAACUUAAGCACUGAAUGUCUGGGGGCUCCCCCACCACGUGCCACCCUGCAGCGCAGCAAAGGCUCCUCUGUCCCACUGGGCACAGCAAUGCCACCGCUGCCACAGCAUCCCUGGGAGUUCCUGGGGCACCCGCUUCCUGCGUACGGCCCACAGCAGGGCUGAGGGAGACCUGCACCCAAGAGGUGAUGCCUUCCCCCCAGAGGGAUGGUGGUUUAGGGGGCUGUUCUGCACAUACUUGGGGUUUUUUUUCCCCCCCCUUUCCCUCACCCUCCUACACUUUUACCCUCUUCCCUUGGGCUCCUUUGCCCAGUGCGGAUGAGCUCCAGUGCCAACAUAUUAGCACUUCUCUGUGCUCUUCCGCUCCUCUCACCUUCUGCUGGGGUACUUGGGUGGCUCCAGCUUGGCAGCGGGCACCAGCCCAUCCUCAGCCCCGUAGAAGCAGGCAGGCAGGCAUUAGCUGCCCCCAGCCCCGCCGCCAUGGCCGGAGCGUGUUCCUGCAGCAAUAACCACUGCUGCCCCCGCGGCAGCCGCUUCCUCGCCCCGCUCACUGCGCUCCGGCAAUAAACUCACAUUUCUUGGA